CUCUCUGCAUCUAUCCAUUUCACACGGAGUCCGCUGUGCCUGUUGGCCAACUCUUCAUCUUCCUCCAUACCAACACAGGGAAAAAUGUCUUCCAAGCUGCCAGCAGGUAAACAGAAACCCACAUCCCCCUUCAGGAAAAGGGGAAGCCUGCAAUAUGCUGCCAGCACAGUAGACCUGCGUGGUGGACGUCAUCUCUUGACUUUCCAGUAUUCCUUGCCUGGCAUCCCAGUAGCAAAGCACGGACCGAUAGACCUGCGGACUUCCAUGGAUGGCAAAUACAAAGAAAUUGCUGAGGAGCUGUUGUCGCGCACUCUGGCUGAGAGCGAGAUGCGCAGUGCUCCGUACGAGUUUCCGGAGGACAGUCCCAUCGAGCAGCUGGAGGAGAGGAGGCAAAGGCUUGAGAGACAGAUCAGCCAGGAUGUUAAGUAUGAGCCUGACAUUCUUCUCCGAGCCAAGCAGGACUUUAUGAAGACAGACAGUGCUGCUGACCUUGAGUAUCUGAAAGAGCAGAGUGAAGCACAGCUGGAUCUAUAUCCAGAGCAUGAGCUCAUACCAGAGAGGGAGUACCAGAGAGUCUCCAUCUCUGGAGAAGAACAAUGUGGUGUUCCCUUCACAGACCUGCUAGAUGCUGCUAAGUGUGUGGUGAAAGCUCUGUUCAUCAGAGAGAAGUACAUGGCUCUGUCCAUGCAGAGCUUUUGCAGGACCACUGCUCGAUACUUGACAGAGCUUGGAGACAGGCCUCUGGAACUCAAUGUAUACCAGGAUUUGCCUGAGACCUCCAUAACUUCAGAUGCUCCUGUCCACCCACCGGUCUCAAGAACCCACCCUUAUGAUGGUUUAGACCCAAAUAGCUUUCCACCAGACAUGGCCUACAGCUGCAAGAUGAUAGAUGGUGUCGUACAUGUGUUUACUCAUAAGAGCAAUAUGGAAAAAGCCGUAGAGCUGGAUCUUCCCUAUCCUGAUUUGCAAGAGUAUAUAGCUGACAUGAAUGUCAUGAUGGCUCUCAUCAUUAACGGACCAGUAAAAUCAUUUUGUUAUCGGCGACUGCAGUACCUGAGCUCCAAGUUUCAGAUGCACAUACUCUUGAAUGAAAUGAAGGAGUUGGCAGCUCAGAAGAAAGUUCCUCAUCGGGAUUUCUACAACAUACGCAAGGUGGACACACAUAUCCACGCUUCAUCCUGCAUGAAUCAAAAGCACCUUCUACGCUUCAUUAAGAGGGCCAUGAAGAAGUACCCUAAGGAGAUAGUCCACGUGGAGAAAGGCCGAGAACAGACGCUUAUGGAGGUCUUUGAGUCAAUGAAUCUGACAGCAUUUGACCUCAGCGUGGACACACUCGACAUGCAUGCGGAUCGAAACACGUUCCAUCGCUUUGACAAGUUCAACUCCAAGUACAACCCAAUUGGAGAGUCCAUCCUCCGGGAGAUUUUUAUUAAAACAGACAACCAUAUUGAAGGGAAAUACUUUGGACACAUUAUCAAGGAGGUGAUGGAGGAUCUUGAGGAAAGUAAAUAUCAGAACGUCGAGUUGCGUCUGUCCAUCUAUGGCCGUUCCAGGGAUGAGUGGGAUAAGCUGGCACUGUGGGCCGUCAAGCACAGAGUCUACUCUGAUAACGUGCGCUGGCUCGUCCAAGUGCCUCGUCUGUUUGAUGUCUAUCACACUAAGAAACAGCUGAGUAAUUUCCAGGAGAUGUUGGAAAACAUCUUCAUGCCUCUGUUUGAAGUCACCAUCAACCCAAGCAGCCACCCAGAGCUGCAUGCCUUCCUGCAACAUGUGGUUGGGUUUGACAGUGUGGAUGACGAGUCCAAACCAGAGCACCACAUCUUUAACCUGGACAGUCCUCUACCUGCAAACUGGAUAGAGGAAGAUAAUCCACCAUAUUCUUACUAUCUCUAUUACACGUUUGCCAAUAUGACUGUGCUAAACCACCUGCGCAGGAGCAGGAACUUCAAUACCUUUGUGCUGAGGCCACACUGUGGUGAAGCAGGACCAAUUCACCACCUGGUGUCUGGCUUUAUGCUCUCAGAGAACAUUUCCCAUGGCCUGCUGCUCAGGAAGGCUCCUGUGCUGCAGUAUCUGUAUUAUCUGGCUCAGAUCGGCAUUGCCAUGUCUCCUCUGAGCAACAACAGCUUGUUCCUUAGCUACCAUCGCAAUCCGCUGCCUGAAUAUCUGUCCAGGGGCCUAAUGGUCUCCUUAUCUACUGACGACCCUCUGCAAUUUCACUUCACAAAGGAGCCAUUAAUGGAGGAGUACAGUAUAGCUGCUCAGGUGUGGAAGUUGAGCUCGUGUGAUAUGUGUGAGCUGGCAAGAAACAGUGUACUUAUGAGCGGUUUCUCCCACAAGGUGAAGACUUACUGGCUGGGCCCCAACAACACCAGAGAAGGUCCAGAAAGCAACGACAUCCGCCGGACCAAUGUCCCUGACAUUCGUGUGGCAUACAGAUUUGAGACACUGUGCGAAGAGUUGAAUCUGAUCACCCAGGCAGUGAGGAGCGAGGAGCUAGAGACCAUUGAAGAGGAGGCUCCAUGCAUGAGCACAGUGCAGAGUGCACAGUAGGGAAAGAGAACAGUAGCACCAAGCAGAGCGUAUGAACGGGGCUGUUUGAGGAAACUGGUAGUCAGUCAUAUCUGAGGUGAUACAUGGUGUGUUAAACUGAUGUUAAACAUAGUGCAUAACACAAAAAAGAAAAGUGAACAUUUCAAAGUUGUGCAUGCUCUUUUGAAUGUAAACUAGAUUACUGAGCCUGUCUUCAGUAUUGCCUGCAGAAACACCAUUCCUGAAAGUUAUUCAACUCACUUUGUCAACAGCCAGUAGUUUGCACCAAUGGUCACAGCUCCCAUCAGAUAUUACCAUAAAAAAAAGAUGCCAUGGCCCCAGCAAGCAUGACAAACCAAUGCGCCGCUAUAUGUUGGUGUACCUUUGUGGUGUUGGUGUUGUUAUUGUUCAAGGAGUUAUUUAUAGCAUUAUCAAAAUCUGGCCUGGCACAUCCUAUGACACCUGACUGGGAUUAAUUAGAUGAUGGGCAUCAAAACUGGUGCAUUAGGGAUAGUUUUAAUUGGAAAUCAAUGCCAUGAACAAUGAUUAUGUGUCAGAACUGCUUUUCCACAGUGAUUGAUGAUAAAUGAACAUCUCAUCCUUUUUUCUUUGUCAGACACAUUUGGAUCAUGUUGACUUGUACCUGGUACCUAUGUUAUUUACUGGUUUAUUUAGUGCAUAUAACCAUUGAAACCACAGUUUCUUUUAUACAUGUAUGUACUUGGAAUUCUGUAUUGAAUUAUUUAUUGCAACUGAAAAAACAAGUAAACUUUAUUUUCCUCUU